AAUCUUUUGAAAUUGUUUAGGUGUUGUGGAUCUGAUGGUAACUUACCGUAUUGGAUUUGCAUUCGUGGGUUUAUUCGACAUCAAGACUUUUGAGCAUUUGGUGCAAUGGUGUGAUUCCACACUCUCAAAGCAACCUCAUGGAUCAUCAACUUCCGCAGCAAGAUAAACAACCCAGUUCCCUGGACGGAAGACCUGCCAUCACAGAGCUCAACUUCUUCUCUGGCGACCGACUCCGAAGAGAUGCUGACCACGAUGGAGCUGGCAUCCCAGAUUCGGCGAAGCUCGAUCCUUUCGAUGAUGGCGGUGCAAUGGAUUUUCUCACUCUGAGAACUGGUGUUUUGUGGAGAGAGAAUCAUCAAGAAGAGACCAAAGCCACUAGCCAACUGAGAUCUUUGAGAGUCAAACUUGAGGAAUUAAAGCAUGAGAAUCAAAAGCUAAGGAGCAUGUUGGAGUGGAUCUCCAAAAGUUACGCUGCUGUUCAAGCCCAGCUUCUUCUAGUUAUGCAAAGAAAGGAAUCAAUCAAUCACAAGUUCAAAGAAGAGGCGCUUGCUAAUGCCGGGGCGUCACCUUAUGGUGAUACUUGGAGAGAGAGAUCGAAGCCAUCUGUGGAAGCUGGCAUAACAUAUCGACAAUGUGAAGAUCAGAACAUGGGGAACCCCAUAGGGAGGAAAAGAGCAGUGUCAUCAGUAAACGAGACCAGUUCUGAUGAUGGUCAAACAUAUCAGUCUGUGAAAAUCCAAGAAAGUCCCAAUAUGACAAGAGGCAAGAACACAGCAAGAGAAGAAGAAGAAGAAGAAGAAGAAGAGGAUCCUGGCAAUUAUCAACACCAGGUAUCGGGUCAUCAGGGUUCUUAUAGAAAGGCGAGGGUGUCGAUAAGAGCGCGAUCUGAUGCACCUAUGAUAAGUGAUGGGUGUCGGUGGAGGAAGUACGGUCAAAAACUCGCGAAAGGAAACCCUUGUCCACGAGCCUACUAUCGUUGCACGAUGGCCAUCGGAUGCCCAGUUCGUAAGCAGGUCCAAAGAUGCAUGCAAGACAAGACCAUCCUAAUAACAACAUACGAAGGAAAGCACAACCACCCGCUUCCUCCGGCGGCCGCCGUCCUUGCCAACACCACCUCCGCUGCUGCUGCAAUGCUCCUCUCCGGCUCAACUGCAACCACCCCCAACGGCAGCAACAACCCUAACUUCCUCGCAGGCUCCAACUUCUUGUUCCCACAUCACCUCCUGCACAAUAACUCCACCACCAUGGCGUGUCUUUCUUCCUCAUCCCCUAAUUGCCCCACAAUUACACUUGACUUAGCCCAAACUCCUCUCAUCAAUAACCACUCUCUACAAAGCCAAAGGAUCCUUUCAUCAAUACCCAAUUGUCAGACACUGAAUAUCCCUCCUUUCAGUCCUGCUUCCAAUGGUUGCACCGGAUUCCUAGUGCAUCCACUGAUCCACAUGUUGCUACCACCACAAGUGCUAUUAAGCAAUCAAUGCCCUUCUUCAUUGAUGGGUAAUGUUGGAGCGGCUAUAACUAGCGACCGGAGUUUCGGUUCCACACUAGCCAUGAACAUUUCUUCCAUAGUAGGUGCAAGCACUGACUCCUCCUGAAAUGUUAAACAAUAACAAGAAUGGUCGCACCGACAUCA